AUGCACCCUCAUCUUGGCUUGUGACAUUAUUCUAUACAACCAACGUCCAAUAAUUGAAAUAUUCAACCCUCCAACUUGCUUUCAAUAAUAUUCAACUCUCCAACUCCAACAUUUAAUACUAUAAACUCCAACUUUCUAACAUUCCACGAAACCUCCAUCUCCACUACCAACAAUAAGACCAAACAUCUUCAUCUCCACAUCACAAUUCUCAUUCAUCUCUUCAAGAAAGAAGAAGAAUGAAUUGGCCUCAAUUCAUCAUCUUCCUAAUCUCAUGCCUGCCUCUGGCUAUGGGGCAGCAGCCAUACAUCGGCAACCUCAUCGAAGAUUGCGAAAUCAGAGACAACAACAACUCCGCCCUCGGCUACACCUGCAACGGCCUCCGCCCCUCCUGCCAAGCCUACCUCACCUUCCGCGCCCGCCCCCCCUACGACACCCUCGCCUCCAUCUCCGCCCUUUUAUCCGUAAACGUAUCCCAGCUCGCUCAACUCAACUCAAUCUCUGAAAACUCUGCCCUAGAAGCCGAGCGCAUGGUGCUGGUCCCCAUCACAUGCUCCUGCUCCGGCCAGCUCUACCAAGCCAACACCUCCUACACUGUCCAGCCCAACGACGGCUACCUUGUCAUCGCCAACAACACGUUCCAGGGCCUGUCCACAUGCCAAGCCCUCCAAGUCCAGAACGGUUUUGCUGCAAAUGCCUUGCAAGUUGGAGCAAGGCUUGGUGUUCCGUUGAGAUGUGCGUGUCCGACUCAGGCUCAAGCCGACGAUGGGGUCAACUACUUACUGAGCUAUGUGUUGCAGUUCGGCCAGUUUGUUGAGGUCAUAAGCGAGCUGUUUACCGUUGAUACCAGGAGAAUUUUGGCAGCGAAUAGCAUGUUGCAAAAUGACCUCGUUUUUCCGUACACCACUCUUCUGGUUCCUCUUGAGAACCCUCCGAAUAGUACUCAGGUGACAGCACCUCCUCCGCCACCUCCACCUCCGGCCUCCCCUCCCCCAGAUACGGGUGGUGGCUCGUCGAGCAAGACAUGGAUAUAUGUAGUGGUUGGCGUUGUUGGAGGGCUUCUUGCUUUGUUUGCUGUGGGGAUGGUUUUCUUCCUCCGGAGGAGGAGGCAGAGGAAGGCAGCGGAGGCUGUCGCAUCGCCACAGAGGUUUCAAUCUGUUGAAAAACCGUUGAAGAAAGAGGCUGAUGAUGAGUCUGAGGACUUUCUUGAGAGUAUUUCUAGCAUAGCACAGUCUCUUAAGGUCUACCCUUUCCAGCAGCUGAGAGAGGCAACGGACGAUUUCAGCCCGGCUUGUUUGAUCAAAGGCUCUGUUUAUCGAGGCACCAUCAAUGGUGAUCUUGCUGCCAUCAAGAAAAUGAGUGGUGGAGAUGUCUCCAAAGAAAUCACUCUGCUGAACAAGAUCAAUCACUCCAAUCUCAUCCGUCUCUCCGGUGUAUCCUUCAAUGAGGGCAACUGGUAUCUUGUCUACGAGUACGCCUCAAAUGGGGCGCUCGUGGAUUGGCUUCACAACAGGGACGACCAAGGCGUUCUCAGCUGGGAUAGAAGACUGCAGAUUGCUCUUGAUGUGGCUGCUGGUCUGAACUACCUCCAUCUCUACACUUCACCUCCGCACAUUCACAAGGAUCUCAACAGCAGCAACGUCCUCCUUGAUGAUGAGUUCAGAGCCAAGAUCGCGAAUUUUGGGCUGGCUAGAGCUGCAGAGGGUCAGGAGGGCCAGUUUGCAUUGACAAGGCACAUAGUUGGGACGAAGGGCUACAUGGCACCCGAGUAUUUGGAGAAUGGAGUAGUCUCUCCUAAGCUUGAUGUGUACUCGUUUGGUGUUAUGUUGCUGGAGAUUCUCACCGGGAAACAAGUCUCUGAAUUGUAUGAAGAGGUGGACAUGAGGUUACCAGAGGUCUUGGCUCCAGUGCUGUCUGAAGGCGGACAGGAGAAGAUAAGCAGCUUGAUGGAUCCUUUGCUGCUCGGAAACUAUCCUUCUAACCUUGUCCUCGUGCUGUUCAGAAUGAUCGAUGGGUGCCUCAAGAAAGAUCCGUCUGCUCGCCCAAGCAUGGAGGACGUUUUCCAGUCCCUCUCGAGAGUUUCUGGUGAAUGGGCAGUUAGCAUAUCGGAGCCUGGUGCUUCUCCUAGAUAAGAAGAUGAUUCACCCUUUGUUUUUGUUUCCUGCUUGAAUUGAACUACAUUUAUAUACACCAAAUUUCAUUUA